AUGGCUUCCGAAAACUCCGCUAAACUUGCAGUCCUUAUUGAUGCUGACAAUGCGCAAUCCUCCAUCGCUAGACACUUGCUUGCGGAGGUCGGAAAAUACGGCGAGGCUCACAUAAAGCGGGCAUACGGGGACUGGACCAACCCUCAACUGAAAGGAUGGAGCGAUGUGCUGCCUAGAAAUUCAAUUCAGCCCAUCCAGCAGAUUUCAUACACCCACGGCAAAAAUGCAACGGAUUCGGCUAUGAUCAUAGAUGCGAUGGACCUGUUAACCUCGAACCGUUUCGAUGGUUUCUGCCUCGUUUCUAGUGACAGCGACUUCACUCCACUGGUCACUCGAAUUCGUGAUUCUGGGCUGAAGGUGUAUGGAUUCGGGGAGCACAAGACGCCUAAAGCUUUCGUCUCCGCCUGCGAUGAAUUUAUUUUUACUGAAGACCUGAAUCAUCGUUCAGGGCGUAAAAUAAGUCCCAAUGGGGUAGCCAUGUCUGAGUCUCAUGAUCCCGUCCACAAUGCCUCAGAUAGCCUACUACAAAAUUCGGCAGAGAUGACUCUCCAUAGUGGUGAAUGGGCUCGGCUGUCUGACGUUCGUGAGCACCUUAUGACACGUCACCCAGACUUCAGCCUCUCCACGCGCGGGUAUGCCAAGCUCAGCGAUCUCAUUUCGGACUCCCCUCAGUUUGAUAUUGAAGAAAGGCCUUCUCAGCGAGAUAAAUCCCCAGAGCUCUUCGUGCGACACCGGAGAAUCUCAGCUGGAACCAUGAAAGUCUGA